AUGCGUUUUGCGAUGUGUGUGUGUGCGUCAGUCUUGCUUGGAAGAAGAAGCAGCAGCAGCAAAAUGGAUGACUGGGAGAAGGAGUACGAGGCGGACCGGCGACGGCUGGCGGAGGGAAAAGAUGUUAUUUUUGACGUCCGGCGAAACGACGCGGCAGCGGAUGUGUUCGAGGAAAAGAAAGACGUGUCUUCUCACGCCGUCCCUACCGGCGGGUCGGGGACGUCGGCGAUGCCUGGAUUUGUGCCGGCGUCUUUCGGACCGACAACAAAAACGGUGGAACCCUCACGGACGGGGGAUGUCGCACCACCCGUCGCCGUGCCGUGCGAUGAUGAUGAGGAGGAAAUCCGUAAGUUAUACGCCCAAUACGGCGAUGACGACUCCCUGCCGCGUAACAGGCGUGCCAUGUCCGAUGAAGAGGGGGACGAGCGAACUCAAGAUUACAAACUACACGAUGCCCGCUUCAGCCUCACUUGCCUUCCGCCUGGGUGGAAUCUCUGCGGUUUAUUUGGCAAAAAGUUGGGUCGACGCCUAUUUUUUGCGGAAACAGUGACAUCGCCAUUUAAAGGGUUUCUCGCUAGCAAAGAAUCACUCGUCGGCUGCUUUGUCACGCCAAAUUGUGUGUACCUUGGCGACGUUCAGACAGGUGCGAUGAUUAUCUGCGUUGACAUCCUCCGGCUUCAUGAGAUGCACAUUUUUGACGGUCUUGCAGUUGGCUUGAAAACGUUGGAUGGGCUUGAGUUGUUUCUGCAGUUACCAAAGCAUGCGGAGCGACUGGUGGAAAUCCUACAGAAGAUUUCGGCGUUCUGGAAAGUAAACGUCAAGGUGGUGCGGUCCACGACUGACGCGGCAAAGGUGUUCAAGAAGGAGAUGCGACUGGUGGAGAAGAAGAGCCAGGCGUGGAGGCUCGUAGAGGAUCCCCGCACGGGUCUUCGUAUCGUUAAUCUUACGGGAAAAUUUGUAAACAUCCUUUCGCCCAUUGCGUCCAAAAUUCUGCACUGGGUUGGUUUUGUAAACCAGCUGUCGAAGGACUGGAAGGGCUCCAAGAAGGCACAGCGUCGGUGUGCGUGGGUGACAGCAACGUGCUUUUUUGUUGCCAGAGAGGAAGGGCUCGCGGGGGACGCGCGGAACAUCAAACAUUGCGUGGCGAUGCAGUAUAUGACCGAGCUGUACGCAGGCCCCGGCGGGGAGUUGGGCAUCGUCGCCGCAGCAGGCCCUCCGCAGCCACCGAUAUCCGUGACGUUUGAGUCGGAGGAGGAGAAAAAUGCGGUUCUCUUUAUCUUUCAGGAGUGCUACAACUAUCGGAAUGGCGGCGGCUCCGUCAAAGUUACGCGCGUGGACAGCGUGGAAGAAAAGAUUCGCUUUAUGAAGGCUGUGGGAGAGGCACGACCGCAGCUUUUUCUUAUGCGCCCGCAGAAGGAAUUAUACGAUUUCUUGCGAGGUCCUUCUGGGAGGAAGUAA